CACUGUGCCAAUAGUCACUCAUUCAAAAGUCUUGUUAAGGUUAGGAGUCCGCCUGCGGCACAUUUCGAGCAAGUGAGCUUGUUAAUUUACAUCAAGUUAAAUCGGAAGUGUUUCAACACAGCUUUAUUUUUGAUUAUCAAAUAUAUUACAAUCAAGUAAAAAGAACCAGCAUAAAAAUGUUCCGCUUACCCGUUUCACUUGCACGCACCUCCAUCAGUCGGCAGCUGGCGAUGCGCAGCUAUGCGAAGGAUGUCAAAUUUGGUGCCGAGGUGCGCGCCAUGAUGCUGCAGGGCGUCGAUGUUUUAGCCGAUGCUGUGGCCGUGACCAUGGGACCCAAGGGUCGCAACGUAAUCAUUGAGCAAUCGUGGGGCUCACCAAAGAUCACCAAGGAUGGCGUUACGGUGGCCAAGGCGAUUGAGCUGAAGGACAAGUUCCAGAAUAUUGGCGCCAAACUGGUGCAGGAUGUAGCCAACAAUACCAAUGAGGAGGCCGGCGAUGGCACCACCACGGCCACCGUGCUGGCUCGUGCCAUUGCCAAGGAAGGCUUCGAGAAGAUCUCAAAGGGUGCCAAUCCCGUUGAGAUUCGUCGUGGCGUUAUGGUCGCCGUCGAGACCGUCAAGGAGAACCUAAAGACCAUGUCGCGUCCCGUCAAGACACCCGAAGAGAUUGCCCAGGUGGCAACCAUCUCGGCAAACGGUGACCAGGCCAUUGGCAAACUGAUCAGCGAUGCAAUGAAGCGUGUUGGCCGCGAUGGUGUCAUUACCGUCAAGGAUGGCAAGACCCUUAUCGAUGAGCUGGAGGUGAUCGAGGGCAUGAAGUUCGACCGUGGCUACAUUUCGCCCUAUUUCAUCAACUCUUCCAAGGGCGCCAAGGUUGAGUUCCAGGAUGCUUUGCUGCUCCUCUCCGAGAAGAAGAUCUCCUCAGUGCAGAGCAUUAUACCAGCUCUCGAGCUGGCCAAUUCACAGCGCAAGCCUCUGGUCAUCAUUGCCGAGGACAUCGAUGGAGAGGCCCUCAGCACUCUGGUCGUCAAUCGCUUGAAGAUCGGCCUGCAAGUGGCUGCCGUCAAGGCUCCAGGCUUUGGCGACAAUCGCAAAUCCACUCUCACCGACAUGGCCAUCGCCUCUGGUGGCAUCGUUUUCGGUGAUGAUGCUGAUCUGGUUAAGCUGGAAGAUGUAAAGGUCAGCGAUUUGGGCCAAGUAGGCGAGGUGGUCAUCACCAAGGAUGAUACUCUGCUGCUGAAGGGCAAAGGCAAGAAGGACGAUGUGCAGCGUCGCGUGGAUCAGAUCAAGGAACAGAUCACAGACACCACCUCUGAAUACGAGAAGGAGAAACUGCAGGAGCGUCUGGCUCGCCUUGCCUCAGGCGUUGCUUUGUUGCGCGUCGGUGGCUCCAGCGAGGUGGAAGUCAAUGAGAAGAAGGAUCGUGUCCAUGAUGCUCUGAAUGCCACACGCGCCGCCGUUGAAGAGGGCAUCGUUCCCGGUGGUGGCACCGCUCUGUUGCGCUGCAUCGAGAAACUGGAUGCAGUUAAUACACAAAACGAGGAUCAGAAACUCGGCGUGGAUAUUGUGCGUCGUGCUCUGCGCAUGCCCUGCAUGACCAUUGCCAAGAAUGCGGGCGUUGAUGGCGCCAUGGUUGUGGCUAAGGUGGAAACCCAAGAAGGCGAUUAUGGCUAUGAUGCACUCAAGGGCGAAUAUGGCAAUCUCAUUGAGAAAGGCAUCAUCGAUCCCACCAAGGUGGUGCGCACUGCCAUCACCGAUGCUGCUGGCGUUGCCUCGCUCCUGACAACCGCUGAGGCUGUGGUCACUGAGACGCCCAAGGAGGAUGCUGCUCCUGGCAUGGGCGGCAUGGGUGGUAUGGGCGGCAUGGGAGGCAUGGGUGGUAUGGGUGGCAUGAUGUAAUCACCAUCAAUCAACCACUUAGACUUCC